ACUUUAGCCCAAUCAUAUUAAUCUGUAAAUACUGGCAAAUGGCAAUGCAUAUGAAGUAGUAAGCUAGACUGCAACUUCUGUCCUAGAAUCAGUUUCACUGCAGAUUCUCUCUCUCACCAAUUCUCUUUGGACAUUGAAGAUAAUGGCCUCCUUCACAGCUAGCACUCCCACCUCAUCUGUCACCAGGGCAGCCCUUGUGCACAAGCCAUCUGUUGGGGCUCCAUCCUCAACUAUUCUAGCUUUGCCAUCAAUUGGAAACAAGGGAAAGCUGAGAUGUUCAAUGGAGGCAAAGCCCCCAAUGAAGGAGAGCAACUCAAACAUUGGGAUGAGUGCAUCUCUGGUAGCUGCAGCUUUGGCUGCAACCAUGUCAAGCCCAGCAGCCAUGGCAUUGGUGGAUGAUAGAUUGAGCACAGAAGGAACAGGGCUUCCCUUUGGUUUGAGCAACAAUCUUCUCGGGUGGAUCCUUCUUGGUGUGUUCGCUCUCAUCUGGACUUUCUACUUCACCUACACUUCAGGUCUUGAAGAGGAUGAGGAGUCAGGUCUAUCCCUCUAGUUGGAUUAAGCCAAAAACCUCAUUAUUCCUCAUGGAAGAAUGUAAAAAUUUCUAGUUCAAGGAGUCUGGCUGUUGAUGUUCAUGUUAUUUCUAGUACUGAAAAGCUUCCUUCUUUGGAUGGAUCCAACUUGUGUACUUGAUUAUCAAC